CAGGGAGCAGCCGGAGGCUCCGGCUGCCCUUGGCAACGGUGUUGUGCUGCCGCCAUCCCGGCUGCCCCGAGUCCUCCGUGCUGGGAAGGCACCAGCAGGGAUGGCCUUGGACCUGGAGGAGCGUUUGAGCAGGGCUUUCCGGGACAAGCUGCGGCUGCUUGUCGCGCUGCGGCCUUCCAUGCGCUUGCUGCUGAAGAGACGGGAGGUGGCGGAGGUGGAGCGGGAGCUGCAGAGGCAGCGGGAGGAGUUCCGGCAGAGGAUGGAGCGCCUGGCACAGCGCCGGCAGCAGCUGGACCAGAGGGAACAGCGGCUCCGGGACGUUGUCCUCAAAUUCACUUCCUUCCUCAAGGCUUCAGCAGCGAGGCAGGAGCGGGUGCUGCAGCGUGCAGCAGAGGCGCAGGUACAGGCAGCGGAGCAGGAUGCUAAGGCCGCUCGCCUGCACCAGCAGCUUGCAGGGCUGCAGCAGCGCAGGGACCGCCUAGCCCAGCGCCUCCGAAGCCUCCAGCGCUUCCACAGCUACCUGCAGGACGUGCUGGUCAGGAUGGGGCAGUUCCAGGAUGUCCCAUCCAUGCUGGCCCAUUUCGAGGCACUGCUGGCCCUGCGGGCAGCCCUGGCACAGGAGGCAGCAGCGGGGCAGGAGCGGCUGGCGCGGGGCUGGGCAUGGCUCCGGGGGUACCGCGAGGAGACCCUCAGCGAGCUCCUGUGCAUCGCCACUGAGCGGGCCCAGCUCCAUGCGUGCCUGGAGGCUGCCCACCGUGAGGUGCUGCAGGGGGAGUCCUGCUGGGCUCAUGCCCAAAGCACAGCCACCGAGGAGACCCUGCUGCUGGCGCAGAUCAAGCUGGCAGUGCUCAACCUCUUCCACCUCACCACUGCGCCGCUCAAGGUCUGCACAGACGUGGCCCUGGAGGACACCGAGGCGCAGCUGGACACGGUGCUGCUCUGCAUGCAGGACCUGGCUGCCAUCUGUGCUGAGCUGCAGCCCAGGCAGCUGGGGCCGUGUCCUGCAGCCACCAGUGUGCAUCACAGGGGUGCCGGGGUGCCACCGAGCCACGAGUAACCCCUUGGGACCACCGCUGCCAUGGCCAGCAUGGAGCCACAGCACUGGGAAUGGAGG